GCCUGUCGUGGGGCGUAUACCCACGUCAACGUUUUACCCCUGGAAGGAUCUUUACGAAGUAUUUUGGCUGUCAUUAUAAGCAUACGUUGACGCACUAAAUACCAAAUCUAUUUAUUUUUUAUCCCGUUUAUGGAGUUACUGCAGCUACUAUCAUGGGCCUGCAUCGUGUUUACAAUCGGCAUGUUCUCGACUGGAUUGGUCGACCUGAAGAAGAUGCAAUACUCCAAGAGCACUGACAAUGUCCAGUUUCUGCCUUUCCUCACCACAUGUGUAAACAGCCUGGGAUGGCUAUACUACGGCAUACUGAAGAGGGACGGAACACUAAUUGUGGUCAACCUCAUUGGCGUUUUGCUGCAGCUCCUCUACAUCGUGUCAUACUUAAUGUACACAAAACAGAAGAGGCAGGUGGCAUAUCAAAUUGUUGGAGGAGCAGCGGUGGCGACCUGCGCUUGGUUCUACUUCUCUAAGGUUCUUCCACCUGGAGACAUGCAGCUCAACCAGCUCGGCCUCAUUUGCAGCGUGGCCACCGUCAGCGUUUACCUGUCACCGCUCACCAACCUGGUGGCCAUCGUGCGUAGUGGGAACAUCCAGUGCCUGUCCUUCCCUCUGACAGUGGCCACUUUCUUGACUUCCACUUCCUGGUUCCUCUACGGCCUCCAGAUGAACGACUACUACAUUUUGGUGCCAAACCUGCCUGGAAUCUUCACCAGCACCAUCAGAUUUUAUUUGUUUUGGAAAUUUGUGCCCGUCAGCGGGUCAGCUCCCUAUAAGUCCAUGCAGAUUUGAUGAGUUUCUCAUAGAGAAGUUACACAAAGAGUCAUUGCCGGUGUGUGACGAGUGUCUACAUUCCACAAGGGUACAUGAGAAAGCAUUUAGUUUACAAGGAUGUAUUCAAGCAUACAUGAAAUAACUUUUUGUUCCUGCAGGAUUUGGUAAAAACCUGUCCCUUUAAAGUGCCUUCUAUUGCGUACAAAGGAGUGUGCGGGCCACAGUGGAAAAAAACCCUCAAAUUACAUAGAAAAAACGGCGUAAAGUUACAAAAACAAACUUGUAAUGUUAGAAAACGUCUAGUGAGAACUUUUUUUUAUUUAUUUAUUUUUAAUUCGAAUGAAGUCAUUGUAUUAUGUCAAUAUACAUAUAUUUUCUUGAUUAAACUACUACAUUUAGGAGAAUAAAGUUGUCAUUUUUAGAGAAAAAGGGACACACUUUGUCCCGUAUUGCCGCGAGAAUCAACACUAGUCUGUAAAACCUCAAUGGCUUCAGUUUGCCAGCUUGCCACAGGCUACGCCAAUCCAUGCCAGCGUGUUUGACCACUCCCUUAUCAAACCUAUUGCCGCUUGACUUGUCCUGCAUCUUUCUUUACACGCUUCGCCUGUCACUGACGGCAGCUAGCGCCAGAAUUAUCUGCCUAGCCUAGUCUUCGGACUCCAAGUGUGACUUUUUACCACAGUGACAUUUUGUUUUUAAAACAAAAAAGCAGUGCGGUUAGUUCGGAGCUCGUUUCUGUCCCACGAGGAAGUGGCUAUUACAUCCGUCGGGUACAUACUAACUGUGUCAAGUGUCUAUUGUAGUCAUGAUACUACAUGUCUUGUCCUCCAUGAACAUAAAGCCUUAUGAUGGUGAUAGUAUCACGGGGGUCUCCUAGCGUGUCAGCUGAUUUUGAGUAGCUCACCAAAGGGUCAAAGAAUAUUUGCUUCAACUCUUAGUAGUUUUUUAUCAUAAGUGUUGAAUUCAGACGUUAUGCCUUUUUAUAUAAUAACAAAUGAGCACAAAAUAGCACGAAGACGAUGGCCACACUGUUUUUGUGGCGAUCUGCUUGGUAAGUAAAGUAGCGUACCAUUUAAAUGUUGCCAGUCAUAAAUUAAAAGACACAUAAGUAAACUGUAGGGAUCUUAUGAGAAUAAAGACAUUUGUUUUUGAAAAAAAAAAUAUUGUAAUAAAAAAAAAAAAGUCCCAGGAAAUUGUGGGGGGUGCCCACAGUCCACAGAAGUGCACUUUAUAAAAUACAGACAAAUAAGAAGGACAUUAGGGUUAGGUAAUUAUCCAUCCAUAUUCUAUGCAGCUUGGGGUCGUGGGUAUUCUGGAGCCUAUCCCAGCUGACUGUGGGCAAGAGGCGGGGUUCAUCCUGCACUGGUCGCCAGCCAACCACAGGGCACAUACAGACAACCAGCCAUUCACACUCACAUUCAUACCUAUGGUGUGACUCUCCAUUGAACCUAACAUGUAUAUUUGUGGAGGAAGCUGGAGUCCUCGGAGAACACCCACACUAGGAUCUCCUAGCUGUGAGGCCAACGUGCUCACCACUAGGCCACCGUGCGGCCGGUUGGCUAAUUAAAAUACUUUUAAAAAUAAGCAAAUACAUUUAAGUAAAAGACAUAACGAGACUGUGUACAAAUAAAGUCCUGAUAUUACAGUAGGAACAUGUUUUUGUGGAAUGUUCUCGUAUUACAUGAAUAAAGUUGUAAUAUUAUGAGAAUAACGUCUUUUUUGAGAAAAAGGUUGUAAUAUUAGAACAUAAUUGUAAUUUUGAUAAAUGUAUUGAUGCUCAUGUGUAAAUGUGACAAGAGCCUCAACAGUCCCCAUCUUAUACAUUCAUGAUCAGAAUAUUCUCGUAAUUAUAAUUAUUCAUUAAUAUUACGGCUUUACUCCUGUUCAAUUAUGAGCUUAUCAGAGCACAACUUUAUUCCUGAAAGAAUAUGACUUUUUGUGAAGUUUUUUUUUUUCAAUUUUAUUAAAGAAACAAUUUUUUUCUGAUAAAAUUUCAACUUUAUUCUCACAAUACACUCCUGAUCAAAAUCUUAAGAGCAGUUGAAAAAUUGCUAGAAUUUGUAUUUUGCACAUUUGGAUCUCAAUGAGGUUUGAAGUAGAGCUACGAUAUGCAAAACAAGAAGGGGGAGUGAGACAAAAAGCGUUCUGAAAAGGUAAUUUAUUGAAAACAACAAUGAAACUGAAAUAGGCUGUUUAUCAGCUGAUCAAAAGUUUAAGACCACAGGAUAUAAAACCAAAAUGCAAAUAGAUUUUGUUCAGGAGUGUGUGUGUGUGUGUGUGUGUGUGUGUAGAUAUAUAUAUAUAUAUAUAUAUAUAUAUAUAUAUAUUUUUUGGUGGUGGUUUUUUUGUCCACUGUGGCACAAAUACUCCUUUAGCGGCGUUGUUUUUGUCAUUACAAGUGGCAUUUUGUUACUAU